AUGCUUUAAAACAAAAUUUAUUAACCAAAUACGCCUAAGAGAGGAGUCUCUCAUUCUGAAUCAUUUAAGAAAAAACUACUCAAACUAAAUCUGGAUUCCUUGAAAACUCAUGAAACUGAAACUUAAAUGAAUAGCGAUUUACUGACCACUAGUAGAGCCCAUCAUAACAAAUCUAUUAGUUCAACGUAAUUUUAAAGAAGAAACAGCAAAUACCCAGCAAUAUUGUAACAGUUAUAACAGCAGUACUCAACAGCUUUCAAAAAUAAAGAACUUGAUAAGGCAAUCGAUGCAGUUGUAGAUGUUAUGAUUUUACACGUUGUAAGAGACAACAUUUUAGGAUUACUUAAUGCCUACAUACUAGUGGCUGAAACCUAUUUAAAAUUUACAUAUUAUUCAUCAGCCAUCUAAACCUAUACAUAAUUACUGCAUUUAUGUGACAUAUGUAAUGAUGUUGAAGAAGUCUAGAAAUCAUUUAGGUUAAAAGUGUUGCUUAAACUAAGUAAUAUAGCGCAUAAUUUAAAAAUGCAUGAGACUGCUGUCAAAAUAUUGAAGAAAUUACUGCAAUAUUCUUGGCAUUUUAAAGAUAAGUAUUUAGAGGUUGUAUGCUUUGACAAACUUGGGUAAGAAGCCUAUCUACAAGCAAAUUUAGAGAAAGCUUAGUUUUAUCAUUGCAGAGCUAUUUGGGGGAGAUCAGAGCCUGAAAAUUCUAAUCAUUAUCAGAUAUCUACUUAAAAUAUUGGAUAAUAUUUAAAAAAACUUCCUAAAGGAAUCCAACAUAUUGAUCAGAAUUUAGUAAGCAAAGCUACUUUCCUGCCAUUCACAUUUAUAAGUUAAACACAGAAUUAAUAAACUAUUAAUAAUGCUCUUUAAUAUUAUUGCGGAAUUGAAAUUACUAAUUACUAUUUAAAAAAUAUGAAUGUUAUUAAAUAGCCACAUAGAUUUUUAUCUCAUGUUACUCCAGAAGCAAGUUUUUAAAAAUUAUUCAUUACUUCCUAAUUUGAAUUUGAAAUUUCUACUCCCAGAUAAGCUAAGUAGGAUUCUCAUUCGAACGAUCUAUUAAGAAUCAAUCCUUAAGAUUUGUUUAUUUCAGUCCUUCAAAAUUCAAAUGACAGGGAAGAGGUCUUAUAUAUGAACAAAGUCAAGUAAUAGAAUAAAAUGGGAGGAUUUAUUCCUCCCACAUCUUAUCGAAUUUAAAGAAAGGAUUAGCCUAAGAUUGAUAAAAAGCUAUUGAAAUAGCCUUUAAUUAAGAUGAUAAAUGAAAGAUUAACCAGUCAACAAAAUUUUACAGAAAUAAUUGAAGAAAGAUAUCGUGCUGCUCGGAUGAAUCAUAGUAGAGUUCCACUUAAGGAUCAAGUGAGGAUUUCUCAUUUAAGUCCAAAUAGAGAUUUACUAAACUAUGGAGAAUGUUUAUAGGCCACGGCUGAUCCAGAUUAAAUGUUUAUUACUAAUAUACUCUUUUGA